ACUCGAACUGUAGUUGCAAUUGAUGAUAUCCAGUUCCACCAAUGUGUCCGUCUAGGAAAAUUUGAGACUGAGCGAGCCAUUUGUCCGUCUAGGAAAAUUUUUGAGACUGAGCGAGCCAUUUCCUUCGUGCCUCCAGACGGUACUUGUGAGUUGAUCAAGUAUCGCACAACUCAGGAUAUCAAACUGCCGUUUCAUGCGACAGAUAAAGUUAGUCUCAAAAGCCGAUACAAGCCGAAUUGCGUUGGACAAAUAAAUUGA